GACCAUGGCGGAGAGCGGGGGUGGCGUAAUAAAGCUUAAACAUCCACCUUACUUGAAGGGUUUUAAGGGCCAGGAGGGAUUUAAAUCACUCCUAGCGUAUGGUUGUAAUCACUACAGGUGUCGCAGGAAACACAGACACCCCCAGUACAAGUGUUGGGAAAGGAAACACAGCAAAAUAUGGCCGUGGUUUGACCCCAAUGGAAUAUUAUGAACGAAGUGAUAGAAAGCUUAUUAAAUGGCUCAUCAGUGGGAGUAUUUAAAUGCCGCCCUGUGUGCUGUGAGUGACGGGGAGGAGUGAGGAGUGAGGGAAGGUGGCGGGCUGCGGGGAGGAAGGGAAGACUACUGGGCACAUGCUAGGAAAUGCAGUAUCGUGUUUUGAGGAGUGCAGUGAGAGUUGAGAGUCAUCUAGUCAGCCUCUCACACCCACACACACCCAUGAGAGCCGCCCACCGAGAUGUCCACCAGACUUGAUCGGCUCUUUGUCUUGUUGGAAAAUGGAGGCUCAGGGGUCACGCGCGGGGCGGCGGCACAACAGCUCGGGGAGGUGGUGCGUCUACACCCACAGGAGUUGUCUUCCCUGCUUGGCCGUGUUCAUAGCCUUCUGACAUCCAAAUCGUGGGACGUGAGGAUAGCAGCAGGACUUGCGGUAGAGGCAAUUGUCAGUAAUGUUCCAGCAUGGGAUCCUUCACCUGCACCUUCCUCAGGAGUGUUUGGGGAGGACACUACUCGAGUCAACCCUCCUCGGCUCUCUCUCCACGCCUUCAGCAUCAAGCGCGUUUUGGAGCGUGGUGCUGUGCUUAUGGCGGCAGAUGAAAGACUCUUCACUGCCACACAGGAUGAAAACACACCCAUAGACCCCAGCGCACGCCUGGCCCAGCAGCAGCGCCUGGUGAACCAACGACUUGGUCUGGAUGUGGCUGAGGCUGUGGGUGUGGAUGUGCGUGGCAUUGUGUCCCCGGAUGAUCUGGCAUCAGGUGUGGAGCAGGAUGGCGUGGGUCUGGCUGCUGGUCAGGGCAAGGACUCUGUUCUGAGCAUAGUGAGGAAGGAGAUCAAGUCUGCACGGCUGAUGCUCAGUUCACGGGAGCUGAAUCGAGCACGCAGGAAGGCAAAGCUGAUGGCUCGGCAGAAGUCUGUUGACGUGUCUGAGUGUGUUGGGGAAGAUGAACCAGAACCCAAGAGGCUGUGUGUGGAGGACACUAUGGUGGCCGGGGGCAGUGACGACGAGGACCGCAUGGUGGUGGACGAGGGCUCCUCAGCGCUGCCUGAAGGGGGAUGUGAGUGGCCUCUGGAAAGUUUUUGCAACAACCUGGCAGCCGACCUGUUCAGCAUGUCAUGGGAGACUCGGCAUGGUGUUGCCACGGCACUGCGGCACAUCAUCAGAGUGCAGGGCCGAGGGGCGGGAAGGGCCAAGUACCACACCAGACAGCAGAUGGAGAACAGUCAUCAGGCGUGGUUGGAAGACAUGGCAGUACGGCUGGUGUGUGUGUUGGCACUAGACCGCUUUGGUGACUUUGUGUCAGACCAAGUGGUGGCGCCUGUGAGAGAGACGUGUGCCCAGACUAUUGGCAGCAUACUGCACCUGAUGAGUGAGGAUGGGGUGUAUGGAGUGCUGGGUCUGCUGGAGGAAAUGCUGUGCUGGCAGGGAUGGGAGACCCGCCAUGGGGGAUUAUUGGGACUCAAGUAUCUCCUUGCUGUGAGGGAAGACCUACACACGUGCCUUCUGCCCCGCAUCUAUCCCCACAUUUACAGAGGACUUUUAGAUGAGAUGGAUGAAGUAGUAGCAGUGGCGGCUUCAUGUUUGGUCCCUGUGGCGGCCAGUGUGGUGGAGAAGCUGAAGGUUGAGACAGUAGGGUGUCUUGUUGCCACACUCUGGGAUGCUCUCCUGGAUAUUGAUGACCUGACGUCGUCCACCAGCUCUGUGUUGAUGCUGCUCGCUAGGCUAAUGGCACAUCCAGUGGGACAUGGCAGCUUGAAAAGUGACUUGAGCCAACUGGUGCCAAGACUGUGGCCUUUCCUCUACCACACAAGCAGCACCGUGCGAGGCUCAGCACUCAAGACUCUAGACACACUCACUGCAUGCACUGAUUGUACUGUCUCCACUUCUACCACCACCACCACCACCACAAAUUCACAAUCUUCCAUUAAGAUAACCUCAGAGACUUGCACUGUCACACCACCUGAGCCAAAUGUUGCCACCAACAACACCAGCACCUCAGAACAAAAACUGACAGACACCACUAUAGACACUGUCAUGGACAAAGAAAGGACUGCAGAUGACGAUGUAAGUGAGCCUCAGGUAAAAAAGGAAUGUGAGGAUGAAAGUGAGAUGUGCCAGUCAAGCCAAGACACUGUUGGGUCACCCAGGGAAGUGCCAAAUGCAAACACAAAAGAGUGUGUGGCAGUGAAGACUGAGAAUGGGAUCAAAAGUGAAGAAUGCACUAAGGAUGCACAACCUGCUCCCAUGGAAAACAACACAUCCCCAAGUGCUGGCAGUGAGAAAAAAGUCAAGUUUGAAGUGGUAACCAAAGAGGAGGAGAAAGAUCAGGAAAGAUCGCUUGCCAAGUGUAAAUGGCUGCAUCCAAUCAUCCAGCCUCUGCUCACUCAUGUCUACCAGCGAGCGUUGCUAGAGGAUGCCCAGGAAAACCUUAGUCUAGUCUUCAAGAUAUGGACGCAGGUCCUGAGGUGUAUCCCUCUAGCACAGGUAUUGCCUGUGGUGUGUCCUCUUGUGGCCCAGUGGUUGUGUCUUUCCAUGACCAGCCACAAGUUACCUAUGGAUCCCUCCCUGCUGCUCCUGGCACACCACAACAAGCUAAGUGAAGGGCGCAAGGUGAGGAUAGGGGGAGAGUCAUCAGAGCAAAUGGAAGCAAAGUAUUACCUGGGAGGCUGCGACCAACACAACAACGUGACAGAGAAGCUGCGUGUGGUGACGAGAGCAAGAUGUGCUGCUGCCAGGCUGCUUGGCUCUCUGUCAUGCGUUGUGAGCCAACCAAUGCCAGGCCUGGAGUACCCCCCAGAUGAGGGUCCCAUGGAGUGCUAUGCUAAGCUCCUCGUGGCCCACCUUGUCUCCCGCUCAGCCCUCCAGCGGUUUGGGGCAGGUGCUGUGUCCAGGGCAUGGGCGGCCACCCAGCCCCCACACCCGUGUCCACCCAUACUCCAGCUGGCUUUGCAGACUUGCCUCACUGAAGUUGUAUAUUAUGAUGAGAUUGCUCUGUCCUUCACUAGGCUGCAGCAAGAGACUCAGGACUUCAUGGCCAUGCUGAGACACUACAAGCUGCCCCUGGAUCCUGCUCUCUCUGCUGCUCCGGUGCUUACUCUUGAACAGAUUCAGACAUUAAGUGGUCAGACAGCUCUCAAUCUCUUCUCGAUGGGCCGCCUCCGUCCCAAGGUUCUAGCAACGCUGGAGGAGAGGCGCAAGGCCAUACAGAGCAGUGUGUCCCAAACAUCCAGCGAUCAACUUACUCUGGCUACCACCACCCAGGCCAUCAUUGCUGGUGCCGUGGUGCAGUUUGAAGCUCUUCCUGCCAAGCUGAACCCUGUCAUCAAACCCCUCAUGGAUAGUAUCAAGAAAGAGAAGAAUGAACAGCUACAGGGUGUGUCAGCUGAGGACCUAACCUGCCUGCUGGAGAUGUGUGCAACACGGUCAAGUGGACCCAACCCAAAGAUUAUCAAGAACUUGGCAAACUUUCUGUGUGUAGAUCAAGAAUACACUCCACGAGUCACGGAAGGUGAAGUCCAGGACACUGACCACCACCACCACAUUUUCUCUUUGUCUUCACAACUCAAGUCAACAGAACGUCAACUGUUACGGCGAUCAUCUUCACUCUCUGCUCGGCCUCCUGGCCGUCCCCCAGCAAAUGCCAAGAAGGAGGAUGCAGCUGACUUAUCAGAAACCAUUUUGGAGAAUGAGCUCCAGCAUGCAGCAGAGGUACAGCGGCGAGGUUGUACUCUUGCUCUGCAAAACAUCACUCGUCACUUUAGCUCAGCCCUUCCUCAAAAGGUGCCACAGUUGUGGCAGAUGCUGACUGGCCCACUGGAGCACACCACUAGUUCCAAAAAUGACAGUGUAUCAUCAACUCCUACUAGUGCAUCUAUAGAUUCCAAUUCAGAAUCUCCAAGCUCUGAUAAGGAAGCAUUAAAGUCUUGCCCAGAAUCUGUUAAGUCCAAUGCACAGUCCUUGGAGUCCAGGUCAGGGUCUGUGGAGGGCGGCUCAUUGCUUCAAGAACAAAGUGCCAAGUUAUUACCUGUGAGUCCAGAGAAUAGCCAGGAGGCUGUUAAUUGGCUGCAGCUGAUGGAGGUGGUGGUACCAGGCCUGGAUCCAGCACUUGUGGAGCAGUUGGGGAAGCAAGCAGGAAUGUUGGAGCCAUGGCUGUACCAUGUCAAUGCAGCAGUACGGCACAUGGCUGCCCGUGUCCUAGGAGCCCUGGCAAGGGCUCUCCCUGUGACCACACUGACCCAGCUAGUGGAAAUUGUGGUCCCUGAACUGUCCAGCCUUCACUGCAUUGCACGGCGGAGGGGAGCUGUAGAGGCCAUCCACUGCAUUAUCCAGAAACUUGGCUUUGAUGUUGUGCCUUAUAGUGUGCUGCUGAUUGUGCCUUUGUUAGGGUGCAUGAGUGACCCUGACACCAGUAUUCGGCUCACUGCCACUCAGUGCUUUGCAACACUCAUCCGCUUGCUGCCACUGGAGGGCGGCAUACCUGACCCACCUUCCAUGAGUGAUCGUAUGCUGAAGCAGAAGAAAAGAGAAAGGGAGUUCUUGGAAAGGCUUUUGGAUCCUUCCAAGAUUGUAAAUCACAGCAUCCCUAUUCCCAUCCAUGCUGAACUACGCAGCUACCAGCAGAGUGGUGUAAACUGGCUGGCUUUCCUUAACCAGUACAAGCUUCAUGGAAUCCUGUGUGAUGACAUGGGUCUCGGCAAAACCCUGCAGUCCAUUUGUAUUCUUGCCAGCGAUCAUUACACAAAGGAGAAAGCCAGAUUGGAGGCAAGUGAAGGUGUCGGCGGGAGUGACCUCCCACCCAUUCAGUCCCUGGUUGUUUGCCCACCAACACUUACUGGCCAUUGGGUGUAUGAGGUGCAGAAGUUUGUGGACAGCAAGUACCUCAAUCCUCUCCACUACACAGGCCCGCCAGUGGAACGGUACAGACUACGGAAGUUCAUCUCAGAUCACAACUUGGUGGUUGCUUCUUAUGAGAUUGUGAGGAACGACAUAGACUUCUUCUCCCUCAUCAAAUGGAACUACGUCAUUCUUGACGAGGGACAUGUCAUCAAGAAUAGCAAAACCAAGUCUUGCCGUGCCAUCAAGCAACUCACCGCACAGCACCGACUCAUCCUGUCUGGCACUCCCAUCCAAAACAAUGUGCUGGAGCUGUGGUCUCUCUUUGACUUCCUGAUGCCCGGCUUCCUUGGUAGUGAGCGGCAGUUCAUGGCUUGUUACUCCAGACCAAUUCUACUUGCUCGAGAUCCCAAGAGUUCCAGCCGAGACCAGGAGGCCGGAGUGUUGGCCAUGGAGGCCCUGCACCGCCAGACACUGCCGUUCCUCCUGCGUCGUGUGAAGGAGGAUGUGCUGAGUGACCUUCCUCCUAAGAUUACACAGGACUACUACUGUGAACUGAGUCCCCUGCAAGAGGAAUUGUAUGAAGACUUUGCCCGCACCCAAGCCAGCCAGAGCAUCAGUGACACACUCCGCAGCUCCAGCCGUUCAUGGGAGGACACCAACCCGUCCUCCAAGCCACAACACACUCACAUUUUCCAGGCUCUUCAGUACCUGAGAAAGGUGUGCAACCACCCCAAGCUUGUGUUGAAGGCUCGUCAUCCAGAGUAUGAGCGCAUCACUGCCAAACUGAAAUCUUGCAACUCUUCCCUCUCUGACAUCUCCCAUGCAGCCAAACUCCCUGCAUUGAAACAGUUGCUCCUAGACUGUGGCAUUGGCACGAGCGGCAGUGGCAGCAACGGUGACGGUGUCAUUGUGUCUCCGCACCGAGCUCUGAUCUUCUGCCAGCUGCAAGGCAUGUUGGACAUCAUUGAACAUGACCUUCUCAAGGUUCACUUACCGAGUGUGACUUACCUGCGGCUGGACGGGGCAGUGCCAGCAGGGGCACGGCAGUCACUGGUUCAGCGCUUUAACAGCGACCCGUCCAUUGACCUGCUGCUCCUCACCACGCUGGUUGGAGGGCUUGGUUUGAAUCUGACUGGUGCUGACACGGUAAUUUUUGUGGAGCAUGACUGGAACCCCAUGAAGGACCUGCAGGCGAUGGACCGUACUCAUCGCAUUGGCCAGAAGCGCGUUGUCAAUGUGUACCGCCUGGUGACACAAGGCACGCUGGAGGAGAAGAUCAUGGGGUUGCAAAAGUUCAAGAUGAUGACUGCCAAUACAGUGAUAAGCCAGGAGAACUCCAGCCUCAUGACUAUGGGGACCAGUCAGCUGUUUGACCUCUUCACUCUGGACUCAGGGAAGACUGGCAUUGGUCAGGAGUCAUCCAGCACUGCCUCCACAAAGUCACACACACUGGGUCUUGGAGCAGUGGGAGCCAAAGCAGUGUUGGAGAGUCUGCCUGACCUCUGGGAUGAAGAUCAAUAUGAGAGUGAAUAUGACUUGGAUGCAUUCAUGUCUGCUCUUAAAAAACCUGCAUCCAGCUAGUCACAAAGGCCUUACAGUGUGAGCUGCAGCAGAGGGAUACAUAGGGACUGGUGGGAGUGGGAAGUGGGGAAAGUUACGAGUGAAAGAGGAGAAUGGUGAUAGAAAGAGAUGUGUAAUUUGAGAGAAUUUUUUGUACUUUUAGGACUCUGAUGUAUUGUAGAAUCUUUCGACACUGUUCUCUGGAUGUCCUUUAGGCUCCACCACUACAGAACAGUCUAAACCUGCUACACAUCACCGGUGUAUAAUACUUUUCUUGCAGUUUCAUUCUCUCCGUCUCAUGUAGGCAUACUGUUAUUUUGUUGGUGCUUUUGUUUUACAUAGUCUUUACUUCAUAUCUAAAGGAUUUCCUUAAAUGUUGAUGCUUUGCUCCGUGAUUCCAUUGAUAUUCACACCUCGGUCACCAAACCCUCUCAGGAUGCUACACUCUACCCUUUCACUAUUCCAUAUUGCCACCUUCUGUGAAAACACAACCAAUGUAUCUAUCUAUCUAUCUAUCCAUCCACACACACACACACACACACACACACACACACACACACACACACACACACACACACACACACACACACACACACACACACACACACACACACACACACACACUUUUUUGGAUAACUCAUUUUCAUUUUUCAGAUUCUUGACCAUUGCUUUAUUGCUUUUCAUUCCAUUUUCCCGGUUCACCAGAAUAUAUCUUUGGGAUAUUCUGAUACCCUUGAUCUUAUUUUAAUUGUUAUUAUUUUACACCUUGCUUUAAUCAUGUACAUCGUAAUGAUCUUGCAGUUUUCUUGCUUGCAUACAUCUGUUGUUGCCGUUGGAGGGAGACGACGAUGCUUACGCCAGAUCAAAUUUGCUUAAUACAAUUCAUUCCCUUCCAUUAAAAUAUAUGCUAAGUCAGUUUCCUCACUCUCUUCUCUCCCUAUCUUGUCUCUCUGCUUUAUAUUUGCACAUAUUUUCAGAUUUUGCCUUCAAUAAACAGUAUUAAACUUU